GCAUCCCAUCUCCUCAUCGACUCUACACGUACGCUGCGACGACUGGUGAAAGCAUUCAGGAUUUAUGUGACCGUGCCGGAUGUUAUAUAGGUGUGUACCUGUGGCAUGGGAUCUUUCCGCGAUUCCUAAUCUACUUCAAAUCGCUCGUCAUGUGAAGCUGAAGGAAGAAGUCUUGCCAUGUAAUUCUCUCAGCAGAACCACGGAACUUUUACGAGACUAAGCAUUCCGGUUUCCGGUUCUCUGGAUAUUACCUCGCUUUUGCUUGUUACGAUGCCCAGCUUUCGCAUGAUAACGAAUCAAUGUUACUUGCUACACAGGCUCCUUGGAAGGGCGUUUCGUGAUGGCGGACUUCUGAGCGGUGUCGUAAAUCCUUUGAGUGGUAACCAGCAAGUACCCCCGAGUCAGCUGGCAUUAGCGAGACAUACUCGACGUUCUGAAGCUGGAACAAUAUUCUGACGAAGAACCCGUCGGCUUGCGUUCAGCUGGAACAAGUAUCCUUGUACUAAAAGUGGAUGCUCAUACAGGCAAGGACCUACUGUAAACUGCUGUGCUGUAACUCAAGUGGAUGCACGAACACUUUCGCGCGUCUCAUGCAAGUGUUCUAUCAAAAGUGUUUCAAGGAGCCGCCAAACUCUGGUUGUUUCUUACACAGUGCGACCGCGGAUCUUACAUACACUCGAACUCUCAGGUUGCGUGUGACAUGUCCUAGGAGAUCCACCGUUGUGGUUGCAUACCCAUUCAAUUGCGCCUAUUUAUAGGAUGAAUAGAGGACAAUCUCUCUCCUAUGCCAGAGGAAUAUGACAAAAACUUUCAACCGGUUUGAAAUGAAUGGUUCCGUGAAAUAGGCAUAUGCAAUGAGGGGAAUAUAUGAAGGGGUCACCCGCAGUGCUACAGGAUAACGAUCUAUGCCCUCCAUGGACUCUUCGUUCGCCGAGCUGGAUAGCCUUGUCUCUUUGAUCAACUCCUCCGUCCAACAGAUUAAAGAGGAAUACACGAAACUCGGUCAACGCUUUCCAAGUCUAGAUGAUGUUGAAGAACAUCCAUUGGAUACCGCGCACUUUCCAGCGGGGCUGCAGACGGCUGUUCGUUGCAUCCAAGGGUCAUGCGCUCAAUUAUCGACCCUCGUCACUUCCCCUCCGCAAGCCUUGACCCUCCAUGGUAUGAGCCACUACAAUUCAGCCGCUCUUGGCGUCGUAACCAAUGCCAAGAUUGCGGAUCACUUAAAGGGUCACCCAGACGGCGUGCAUGUCUCCAAACUGGCAGAAGCAAGCAAGAUCGACCAAGGAAAACUUGCUCGAGUUCUUCGUUUCCUUGCAACGAGGCAUUGCUUCCGCGAAGUUGCACCCGACGUUUUUGCCAACAACCGUCUCAGCGCCAUGUUGCUAGCUGAUUCCCCUAUGUGGGCUCUUAUGGGUGUCUGCUCGGAUGAGAACCUUCGUGCAGCGUCCGCAUUUUACGAAACCUUGGCAGACCCUGUGACCGGUCCAUCUCCGGACAGUAAACAUGCACCUUGGAGUCGUGCCAUGGGCUAUGACGGUAACUUGUGGGACUUCUAUCAACAGGUGGACCCUGCUCGUGGAAAACGGUUUGGUGUUUCUAUGGUCGGAUUCAGUUCCUUAUCCAAGUUUGAUUCGAUGCUGCACGGGUUCCCAUGGAAGGAUCUUCCUCAAGGAACGGCUGUCUGCGACGUAGGGGGCGGUAUUGGCCAUAUCGCUAUGCACUUCGCCAAAGCCUGUCCUCAGAUUCGCGUGAUCCUCCAAGAUUUGCCGCCAACGGUUGAGCAGGCCAAACAGUUCUGGAAGGAUACAGCCACUGAUAUUGUAGACCAGGGACGGGUUUCUUUCGUCCCUAUUGAUUUCAUUAAGCAGUCUCCUGUUCCUGAACAGGAUAUCUACUAUCUAAAACACAUCAUCCACGAUUGGGCCGACCCCGACAGUAUCACCAUCUUGUCAAACGUCAAGAAAGCGAUGAAGCCUACUUCAAGACUGAUCAUUCAGGAGUUCGUCCUGCAGUCUGCUGCUCCCGAGAAAGGGGAAGAAGCUAGCCUGAUUACGCAGGCCCCUGUGCCUUUGCUUCCUAACUAUGGCGAAGGGAAGAUACUGCACUACUAUACUGAUCUCGCGGGUCUCGUUAACGCCAAGGAGCGCACGUUGCAAGAGUUUGUCGCUCUUGGGAAACAAUGCGACCUUGUGCUAGUCAAGGUUUGGGAUUGUGGCGAGUCUAGCGCUCUGGAAUUCAAGAAGAAUGACUAGUUUUCAAUUUUCAGAGAUGCUACAACAGAGGUUCCGGCUUCCGCACUGCAUAGAUACGUCAAGUACUCUCACUAUCAACUUGCUUGUAAAUGCGUGCCAGCGUUCGCAUCACCAAAUGCUACCACUGAUACCCU